AUGUCGCCGCAGUACGGUGCUGCUGAAUCGCUAUCGGUACGAUCGUAUAGGCAGAUUUAUCGUGCAAUAUGUGCUGCGCUUGGAUUGCUGAUGGUUGUUUGGUUUGCAUUGGGGCCCAUGUUCCAGAGCAGUCUUCGCACAAGAGCAGGUGACGCAGAUGAGCUCGUCGAUUCUCCGGAGGCGCGACCACGCAUCACGUUUUCGUUACCUUCAAGCUUGUUGGACCGGCUUCCGAAUUCGAAUGCACACGUCGCGGCGCCCGAUACACUCGUGCUUUAUGCCUACCACGAGACUGACCAUGCGUUCGAGAAUGCGCGCUUCUUCGUCAAUCAUGCCCUUCACAGCUCCGCAGAUUUCAUACUGAUCCUCAAUGGAGAGUCGCCACGACUUGAUGAAAUCCUGCCGGCUGUACUCAUACCAAAUGUCGAAAUCUUCCGGCGAAGCAAUACAUGCUUUGACCUUGGUUCUUUUGGCAAUGUCAUCGACGAGAAGCAGCUCCUCAGCGCUUCCUAUAAGAAUGUUUGCGUUGCUGACAGUCUCGAGCAGUUACAGGGUAUGACUGCCAACUGUGUGCGAGGAUUGCACAUACAGUCAAUGAUUCUGGGUACCGACAAAGAUGGGCUGAUCGCGAUGCACAAUGACGGCUCUCUCGGCUGUCCCAAUUCAAUGCCAGAUGCAUGGGGCCAAGAAGUCGGCCUAACCCACAAACUCCAGGGACAUAAUUGGGAUGUCAAUGCGUGGAUGACUGCGAUGAACGGCGACCCUUCAUAUGUACCGGAAGAGAGGCACCAUUGCGCAGAUCUAGGUAAUGCCGACCACCUGUUUGAUGGCAACUACUUUGGUUUCAACGUUCACCCCUACGAGACGAUGUUCGUCAAAACCAACCGUGGCAUAGAUCCGAAGAUGGUCGACAAGUUGACUGAGUGGCACGAUCGUCUCAACUACUCUUCCUUCGACUAUUGUUGA